AUGGAUAAGACACGUUUUCUGAUACCCCUGGAUGAAGAUAAUCCAAGCCUAAAAGAAUGGAAAGAAGUAUCUAAAAAGAGAAAGGGACGACUUGGAAAUUGGAUUGAGUUGUUAAAUAACGAUGGAUACGUGCGAAAAAGAAGAAAACCCAGGGUCAUACGUCUCCGAAGAUAUAAUAGAGCUCAAAAUACUGACAAUUUCUACAGGGAGCAGCUAAUGUUAUACACAAAUUGGAGGGAUGAAAAUACUGAAUUGGUCAAUGACAUUAUAAAUCUGGAACAGAAAUUUAUCGAACUUAGCGAUGAAAUCCGUUCAGAAAGUCUUCAAUUUAAUCGCUUGGUGGGGCCAGAUGAGUUCGAGGCAUUGUUGGAUGCAAUUCGAAAUGUAGAUAAAGAUAAAGAGGAUGAGGAUAGUGCAGUGAAAGAAAAAGCUCGUCCUUUAGAUGAUUAUGAAUUAGAGACACAAGAAGGUGAUCCAGAUCAUUAUCUACAGUUACAUGGAAAUAAAUCGGAUUUAGUAGGAGGAGCGAUUGCCCAACCAGCAGUAUUGUGUGAAGAUGAUAUAUUGAGUUUAGUUAUAAUAUUUAAUUACGAUCAAAGACAUUUUAUAUUACAUGUAGGACAUAUCUUUACUCAAGAAUUACUUCCACCUUUUACUGUUUUGUUCAAUAGAGUUCCGGGUAUAAAUCCUGAUGAUGCUAGAAGUUUACUCGUGCAAUCACGGGAAAAACUGCUUUUGGAAUCGGUUGUCAAACUGUACACAGUACGUUUGGACUUCCAGUAUCCCAGUGUGGCCAAACAAUGCCCGAAUUAUUAG